AACGCAAUGUUGAUCUAUUUGAUCUUAAAACGAACACCACUUCUAAUGAAAUCGUACUCUGUCUACUUGAUGAAUUUCGCGUUUUUUGAUUUCGCCACAUGCAUCAUUUCGUUCUUCUCCUGUCAGAAAGUAAUUUUCUCGGGUUGGUCGCUGAUCUACAUAUUCCACGGUCCCUGUAAGCACGUUUCCUCCUGGUUUUGCUAUUUUUGUCACUGUUUCGAGUGUCACACCCUUGCUCAUUCUCAAUGGAUCCUUUUGGGAUCUUUCAUGUAUCGUUACGACGUUCUAAAAGGAUCCACACCGACAGUUCAGAAGAUGUGGAGGAAUUCUGGAGCAUUCUAUUCAAUGUCGCUGUGUUUUUUGGUAGUUUAUCUUUUUGAUAUCAGUGAUUCUGAGGAAUUGCUGAGAAUCAUGACGGAUCUACAUCCCGAGUAUCAUUAUGAUGAUGGGACUGGAAACAUUUCCAUGUUCGCCCCAAUCACGUUCAUCUCUAUUAUGUAUAUGACAACUCCAUGCGUCCCAAUUUACUGUGCGAUUCUGUAUUUCCGUCACCAUACUUUGAAAAUCUUAAACAACCCCUCAAUCAACUUGUCACCAGCUGCCAAAAUCAGUCAUCAGAAACUGGUUCGGGCACUUACCGUCCAGGCUGGAAUUCCGAUUUUCUGGCUUGUGGCGUCUGGAAUUUAUUCGUUGGCGCAAUUUGGAUUUAUUUCUGGGCCAAUUCCAGAAAACAUCACUUUCAGACUGAUGGAUUGUAUUCCUAUGGUCUCACCAAUUGUCACAAUUGCGUUUAUACAGCCAUACAGAGACGGCCUUCUUCAUCUCUUUCACAAAGGUUCCAGCAUUUUCAUUCCAAAUACAAUUGGCUCAAGUGUCGUGGAUGUAAGU